GGCAGCACGACCGUUGUUCUCGGCGCAUUUCUCAAUGCGACCUCGUCGGAUGCUUUGAGUGCGGGUGGUGGUGAUGCAUGCAACGAAUUGAGUUUGGCGGCAGUAAAAUUUCUCGGCAGGACAUUCCAGCUGCAAGCCUCUCUAGAGGCCCACUCACAACGCAACAUCAUCAUCAACGUGCCGUGCUUUGCAAGACCGACUCCCUCACCGCCUGAACAACACCGAUUUAGCGGCACCAACUCGGCGGUCGCUGGUCCUCGCGCGCCACACCAAUCCACGGUCAGUUCGGUUUGUUGGCCCGCUUGCCCGCCCCGGCGCGAACGCUAGCACUCCGUCGCCCGCCGAGCCAAGCUCCAGACCGAUCCCGGCCACUCAACCACACAAGUGCUCGACAGCCCCUUGCCUGAGCAACAUGGCAGCAGCUCACAAGCCCCGCGUCGUGCUUCUCGACAUCGAGGGAACUGUGUGUCCCAUCUCAUUUGUCAAGGACGUGCUUUUUCCCUAUGCCCUCUCCGCCCUCCCUGCCACGCUCGCCAGCGAAUGGUCCACACCGCAAUUCGCGCCCUACCGGGAUGCCUUCCCUCCCGAACACGCGGCCACCCCCGAGGCCCUCCUCGCCCACGUCCGCGACCUCAUGAGUCGCGACGUCAAGAUUGCCUACCUCAAGUCCCUGCAGGGAUACCUCUGGGAGGCAGGCUACGCCUCGGGCGCGCUCAAGGCGCCGCUCUUCCCGGACGUGGCUCCCAAGAUCAGGGACUGGGCUAGCGGAGGCCCCGAGGGCGUCAGGGUCAUGAUCUACUCGUCCGGCUCCGUGGCCGCGCAGAAGCUGCUGUUUCGGCACACCGACGACGGCAGCGGCGGGCAGGCCGACCUGACGGGGCUGCUCAGCGAUUACUUUGACACCGUCAACGCGGGGCCCAAGACGGAGCGGUCGAGCUACGAGCGGAUCGCGGCAAAGUAUCCCGAGGUGCCCGUUGGGGAAUGGUUGUUUCUGAGCGACAACGUGCGGGAGGUGGAGGCGGCCAAGGAGGCCGGGAUGCAGAGCUACAUCGUGGAGAGGCCCGGAAAUGCACCGCUAGCCGAGGAGGAAAGGGCUAGGCAUAGGGUGGUGACGAGCUUUGAGGAGCUCUAAGGUAAGGUAGGACGGUUCCGUUAGACGCUCUACUUGGCCACGGGUACGGUGCAGGAUCGUCGACCCAGGGGGGCAUGGUUACGCAAAGUCGCGUGCGCCAUGGCAAGAUUCACUCGUCAGGGCAGCGGACGACCGCUCGAAACAUGGUUGAUCCGGCACUGCGAACCCGUGGCCCUGGGACUGAACCUGUACCGACGCCGUUACGAAACACUGCCUUCGCGAACCCAAGGAAUUUUCAAGGCCAUGUCGCAGCAAGUGUCAUGCUCGAUUAAGAGUCCUUGCACUACUGUCUCUCGAUGAUGGCCCCCAGAAGCCGUCCCGAGAGAUGCUUUCCCCUUUCAGUCAUCCGGGCCUAGCGUAGUGUAGCCCCUGAAUCUUCCACCUCCUGCUCCCAACAAAAAGACAAUCACGAACUCUGAU